UUGUUCAUAUUAUCUAUUUUAUUCAUGGAGCUUUCCUUAAGGGUUUUCCUUUCCGCUCUACUUGUCGCAUCAACUCACGGACAAAAUCACCAGACAGCGUCCAAACAAAAAUCCCACUUCUACAAUAGUGAUGCUCCACAUGGAGUGUCCAGACAGUACGCGCAUUUUGCAGGGCCAGUUUCAGGCGCCGAGUACCAAAUUGUUGUUCCUGCACACUUAGCAGGAGCUUCCGCAAAAACUUCAUAUGAUUUUGUCGCCAAGCCAGACUACAAGUUUGGCUACGGAGUGGAGGACUCAAAAACUGGCAACAAACAGACACACCACGAGUCACGCGACGGCGACAUGGUGAGGGGCGAGUACACCGUCCUCGAGCCAGACGGCUCGAUGCGCAUAGUUCAGUACACGGCCGACCCGCGCAACGGCUUCCAGGCAGUGGUCAAACGGGCGGGUCAAGCACCAGAGGUGCACAGAGCAACGGCGACCGCGGCCCCUAAAGGGCCAAAAGCACACACGUCUAUUGAAAAUUAUGACAACUAUGACGAUUACGAGUAA